UCCCCGGAAAUGCGCUGUAUGUAUGUUGACUGCUGAGCCAAACCCUGACAGCUUUCGGUUUGCACUUAAGCGUAUUUUGCUUCAUUCAACUUAUAAAACCGCAGACAAAGUUGCUAUAGCCACUGAAGGACAACAGGAUCCCAUGGGAGUUGGCCAGGAGAUCACAGACAUCAUGUCAGGAAAAGGAGAACCGGAAGUAUCCCACAAUGCAAUGUGGUUCUCGGCUGACGGUGGAGCAGGAACGAGACUGGUACAAGGAAAAGCUGCUGCACAUGAAGGUGGUGUUUCGGGAGAUGCAGCACAGCCUGCAGUCUCAGAAGAUACGGAAGGAAGGCAUUGAGACUGUGUCCAUCUUACUGAAGGAGUCACGACAACAGAUAACGACUUUGGAAAAUCAAAAACGAGCACUGGAGACGGCUGUGAGAAAUCUCCAGAACAGGCUGGCCAAUCAUGGGCUGUCAAAUAGUGUGACCUUUGAAGAAAAUGAACUCUUUAUUCCUGGUACAUCCAAACAAAUAUUAGACAAUUUAGCCAAAGAAAAUGCAAGGUUACGGAAUCUGCUUGGCAUGUCUGGUGGAUUUGAGGAUGUGACCAAAUUACAUGAGACAAUAGAGAGAGUCCAAGGGGUCAGCUCGAGUCUGCAAGUUGAGAAAGACAACUUGAUUCAGAAGGUCGCUGACCUUGAAAACAUGUUACAGUCUUCCGACAGUGAAAAAGACAAACUGAUCUGUCAACUCCGUGAGCACAUCGACAAGCUUCAGUCCAACUCGACCCAGGACGUCCUUUGCCAGUCCAUGUCUGGAGAGGUGUCCGGUCUCCGACAUAAGCUCAAGGACUUCGUGCUGCAGUGUCAGCAGCUGGAGAUGAAGCUGGAGGAUGCUGAGCAGAGCAAGGUGACCUUCACCCAACAGGAAGUGCCGGUCACAGAGGUCAAAUCUAAUCAAAAGUCUGAAGAUACACCUGAUGGCAAUAUUCUAGUAGAAGAGAACACACGAUUGAAAGAAGAACUAAAAACUUUGAAGGAGAUGAACCGACGGUGGCAGGAUUACAACAACGACCGUGAACGCUACACCCAGGAGCUCAACAGCAACUACCGUGAGCUCCAGCAGCGUUACAAGUCCAGCCAAGAGAGUCGCAUCACGGAGGAGAGGGAACGUCAGCUCAACAAUCUCCUCGUCACUGCCAAGGAGAAACUGGAGAAGAUGGAGAAUGAUAAGAAACAGCUGUUGGAGAAGCUGGAAACAUCAGAGGCAACCAUUGGCAGCCAGGUGAUGGAGAUACAACAGCUGAGGAUGAUGUCAGGAGACGGAGACCAGGAGACCAUCGCGGCACUGAAGGCACAGAUACAGGUGUGUACCGAGGACUUCGAGACGGAGAGACAGGACCGCGCCAAGGCUCAAGCUAAAGCUCACCUGUUGCAGGAGGAGGUGAACAACCUACGGGUCGAGAAUAAUCAGUUGAGGUAUUUCCCAACAGCAAACCAAAUUCCAGUACCACGACAACCUCAGAUGUACAGCCGGCACCAGUCCAUUGCACAAGAGUCUCCGCAGCUUCAAGCCCGUGGGUGGCCGCAGCGACGGGGAUUGAUUGUGACCGACGGCAGCAAUGUGACAGAGACUGAUGGCAACCUACCUAUGACAACAACUCCUGACAUCAGCCCAAAACUGAUCACCUCCCGAUCGCCAACCAGCCCCAGUGUGCCUCAUCAUGCUCCUAAAUUCUUAGCCUCCGGGCCAGUGAGUCUUCCUGUCAUGAGGGCGGACCCCACUCUGUUUAAACCGGCCUUGAGGAAGAAGGAGGAAGACACUCUGUGUUGUCCAAAGUGUGGUCAGGGCUUUUCUGAGGAAGAGCAGGAUAAGUUAUUGGAGCACAUGGAAAUCUGUUGUGAAUAACUUUGAAUGUCAAAGUGUGUGUUGUGCAGGUUCACUGACACACGUCAAGGUGUGUUGUGUGCAAGUUCACUGACACAUGUCAAGGUGUGUUGUGUGUCUGUUCAAAUGUCAAGAUCAAGUCAUGGGUGGUCUUGGGUAUAGUGGUAUGUUGUGUAUACAUUUCCUGAGACAGUGUUCUGCAGUAACUGGCUGGCAUGAGGGGAGUUUUCGGAAGCCAACUGGAUGUUCUUGGGUUAGAAAUCGUUCUAGGAAUGGAGGUAUGCCAAUUCUUAUGGCAGUAAAUUAUGAAGUGCAUAUAGCAUGUAUAUAUACUGCAAUAUUGAGACAUGAAGCUCUGAAGAGGAAGGCUAUUUAAGGAUGGACAACUUCUUUAUUGCAAAAUAUGCAACAUUUCGGUGUAGAUCCUAACACCGUUAUCAAGCAAGUGAUAACGGUGUUAGGAUCUACAUUGAGAAGUUGCAUCCACUGCAAUAAAGAAAUUUUCUAUCCAUAAAAGUGUUCCUCUUCAUCAGACCAGCUUCUAAAUGUGAAGAGCUUGUAGGCAUAACUGUAGUAUAAUGUAUGUACUACGAUAUUGAGACAUAUAGCUGUGAAUAACUUGACGUGAUGAUUGAUUAUGAUGAUUAUAAUCAUUGAUUGACCUGUUAUCUUAAACAUAUGCAAAUAUCGACUGUAAGUUAUAAUAAGUUGUGAAAAACAUUAUUAUCGGAUAUUUCAUUUGAAUUUUUUUUUUCUAUUACUGAUUCAAAUUUUGCAAAUUUAAGAUCACAUUAAAGGCUGGUUCUUUAAUGCGACCAUGAAAAACACAAGUUAUAAACAUGAAGUAUAAAGAUAUCUUUGGCAAAAGUUUCUUGCUAUUUAUAGGGUUUGCAUCAAUAUGCUUAAGGACAGGUUCUGUUCAGAGGAAACCAGAAGUGAUUGAUGUCAAACAGUAUGGAUUAAAUCAGUUAACGUGACUCAUAAUGACUAUAGUAUAAACGUCUUGUUGAGUCAGUUCCUGAUGACCAAAGUUGUAAAACAGUAUGAAAGUACUGGAAUAUGGUGAACUUUGUUUGUAAAUAUCAGUUCUAUUUUAUUAGCAACACUUCGACGCAAUGCCUUUGUCGAUUCUUUGCUUUGACGUGUCGUAAGAUUUUGCGAUAUUCAAGAACACAUGUACAUAUGUUUUAUAUGAGAAACUAAACGUGCAAAAGUAUUUGGAUUUUGUAUAUUUGUUUGCCUUUCUUGUGAUAUUUAUGCCACAUAAUUUAAGAUACUAUAUUUUAACAGAUCUCCCCUUCCAGUUGUGUCAUGGUUAUUUUGAUGAAUACACUAUAAUGUUAUUCCUUUCUCUGUUAUUAGUGUUCAAAUUUCAUAUACUAGUAUUAAUUGUAGCAACUUCACGUUUUUUUACUUGCAUUCCUCCCCGUUAGGAAGGCAGGCAGUCAACUUAUGCCAAGAGUUGUCUCCCUUAGGUGUGGCAGAAACCUAUGAUCUUGGGUUCAAAUCCAGAUUUGUCAGUACCACACCAUGUCGAGCACCUGCAUUUCUACUCUCUCACAUCAAGCAAGCCAUCAUGCUGUGAUAUAACUGAAAUACUGUUCAAUUGAGCAUUAAACUCAAUCCCUGCUUCUUACGAAUGAGUUUGAUGUAAUCUAUAAUUACUCAUGGAAAGAUAAGAUUUUCAGUCUUUCAAGAGUAGUCAGUGUUUGAAGGGAAACUUUUGUCUAUGACGUUUGUAAUUAUUACUCAUGCGAUGCAGGUUAUGAUUAUCAUGAUUAUUGUAUGUUUAUGAACAUGACUCAUGUCAAAUGGCGUUUCCUCAUUCUCACAUGACUGUGACAUGUUUGGUUAAACUACUCAUAUAUAGUUCCUGUUUCUAUUGUGUAACUGGAAUACUGUUAAAAAGCUUACUUCUACUUCACUGGAAUAUUUCCUUGAAUAUUAUUGUACAUGCCUUAAAAUAAAAGCUAUUAAUUACCACUGAUCAGAAGGUUCUUGGAAAUUCAAUAUCGUGUAAUUUCAGGAGUGAAACUGUUGUGUCAAGCUUCAUCGGUUUGAGAAGAAUGUUGGUUUCAUUUGUGUAAUCAGUGUUGGUCUGUCACAUGAUCUGAAAUUAAUCACAAAUAUAAACAAGCAUCAAUCAAGUUCAUGGAGUCCUUCAUUUAUAUAAAUUUUAAAUUCCUACAUGAAAUUCAAAAUGACAUUUUUACAUUGAUAUCAAGUUUGACCUAAUAGGCAUGUGUAUACAAUCAAAAUGUGAACCCAAAAUGGUUAUUUACGAUUCAUCUUACCCAUGAUGAAAAUUACGUACAAGAAGUGUACUAAAAGUCAGCCUUUGUUUUGUAAGGUUUGGACACUAUAUAGUAAUCAUUCUAUAUUUACUAACAUCAUGAGAAACAACAAUUGUAUUAAAUCAUAUAACAAGGCUUGCACUAUUUGCUUACGUCCACAUGCAUUUACCUAGUGCUAUACACUGGAGAUAUCUUGUAUCUCUUAGUCAGCAAGGCUUGGAGUUGAUGCUUUCAACCAAGUGUGGGUUUUCAUUAAUUAUGCAGUAAACUGACAAUUAACAACGAAUUAGUCUUACAAUCAAGGUAAAAAUUGGAAUAUGAUUUUGUUACUACUGAAAUAAAUUAAAUAAAAGAAACUAUCACGAU